UUCACCCAAGGAGUUUGGUGCCAGCCUAAGAAACAUAAUGAGGCUCUGUCUUAAACAAAAAAGCACUUGGGUAUAAUAGCUACUGUGUAUUGAGUUCUUGAUACUUUCCAGUUACUAUUCUGUGCACUUUAUAUGUUUUAUCAUGUUUAGUUCUUCCAUCAGUUCCUUGAGUUUUCUGGAUAUGCCACAAAAGGAUCCAUGCCAGAAACAAGCCUGUGAAAUACAGAAAUGUUUACAAGCCAACAACUAUAUGGAAUCGAAGUGUCAGGCUGUCAUCCAAGAACUUCGUAAGUGUUGUGCUCGAUAUCCCAAGGGAAGAUCUCUUGUCUGCUCAGGAUUUGAGAAAGAAGAAGAAAACCUGACACUAAAGUCUGGAUCCAAGUAAAGUUGUGUUGAGAAGUUAAAUUCUGCUUCAUGUUUCCCUUAAGAAUGUUUUAUUUACUACCCCUUCUCCAUGCCAGGUAGCAGCAAAUAGCAAAUGAAAAAGUCAAUUGUAAGAGUUAGCAAAUAUGCCAUCUAUGCAAAAUAGACCAAAUUAACCUAUGUUAGAAAAUAAAUAUGUGUAAUGUAAAAGGGAGCUGCUAAAAUAAACCUGUUUUACGUGAAAA